AUGGUGUCCCUUGCUCCCUGUAGUGAGAUGGAGACAGAACCCUGCCCUGGAGAGCAAGAGAAGUGGGUGGUGGAGACCAAUGAGCCAGGCUUGAAGGAGGCCUACACAGGCCCUGGUGACAAUGACAGUCAGGAGGAGAAGGAACUGUCCCAUGGGCCUCAGCAGGAAGACAAGGAGCCCCAUGGUGAGGGAGACCCCAGGAUAGACAGCCAGGGUGGAGGGAAGGAGGGCACUACGUUAAACCCACUCCCUAUAUCUGAGAUGACAGAGACCCCCUGUGUGGAAGAGAGGAAGCUGAAGACUCCCAGUUUUGCGAAGACAGUGCGGUUCAGUGAGACAGAGUCUGUGGAGGACAGAGAGAACUCAGAGGAGAGUCUCUUCCCAGACCAUGAGAUGGUGCAGUGGACCUCCUCCAGCUUCGAGGAGCUGUUCCUGGCUGAGGACUGGGAGAACAUCACAGGUAUGAUACUCAUUCAAUACAGUCAUCGUCAUAACGUUUUUUACAAAUUAUAAAAUAUUGAAAUGGUUGUUGAAGCAAUAGUGUUCUAUUGUUUGUCAGUUGUUGUGGCACUGCCUGUAAUUUGCUUGCCAACAAAUUGUACAGACAUUGGAAGUUAUGUGGAGUAUUGUCUAUGUAAUUUAUUAAAUUAUAUUUAGUCAAAUUCUAUUCUAUUUAGUCAAACACCGGCAUGUAACGGCUUCUGAAACUGUAUUACACAACAUUAUGCCCUUUCCUAAUAGUUGUUUUGUCUCCAAGUGCCUGUUGAUCAACAACAAGCAGAUUAACCCCCUUUCCCCCCCCCCUCCUCCUUCCUCCCUCUCUCCCUCUGUCUGUCCAUCCCUCGCUCCCUCCUUUCCCCAGAUGAUCAGCUGUUGAGGAAGAAGGUGCUGGUACCUGGCCCCCAGCAAGCUGAGCACCCAGCCUGGGGUCAGGAGGUCACAGUCAAAAUGCAGGGAGUGCUGGAGGACAGGACUGUGGUGGAGAAGGACCCUAAAUUGGUGUUCGUCAUCGGAGAGGGAGAUGUAAACCAGGUGGGCCCUACAGACAUUCUGACUGACAACAGGACAGGUUUCCAGCACCCCUGUCCUCCACCCUGUCACACACACCUACACCUGCUAAACAUAACACAGGGUUGGCCUGAUCCUUCAGAGAAUGUACAUGUGAUAGCUACAGUAUAGGUUGCAGUGUAGCCAUAACAAAACAGCACUGUAUGUUAUACAUCGGUAUUCUGUGUGGCUAUAGGGUUUCAAUGUAUGCCAUCGUACACACUAGACAUUUUAGGUAAAUUAAUCACUCUUCAUGAAUGGAUUUUCAUAAUUAUUAACUAAUGUGUGCAAAUAAACCAUUAACAGUUAGAGAGCUGUGGGUAACACAGUGCUGUUUGACACAUAGGCCCUGGAGGAGUGUGCCAUAGCCAUGCAACAGGACGAGAUCGCAUUACUGCUGGCAGAUUCACAGUACACCUAUGGACUUCUGGGAAGGUAA